AUGGAAGUCUAUACAGGUCAUCUCUUUAGGUCUCAGCCUCCUAUAGUCAGAAUGGGAGGCUACUCUCCACCCAAAAUCUCAGUUAAAUCUAAAACAACAGCCCACAGUCUUGCCAGUACAAUAGAAGAUUCCUCAUUUAUUGGUCCAUUAAAAAUCGUAAGAGUUUCCUCUACAUCAGGAGAUCGUCCAAUCGCCAUAGUUCCUGAAAACCUUGGUCGGACCCAAAGAAUCCCAGUACUUUUCAAAGAUUUCAAAAAAAUCAAACAAUUUAAACCUCCUACAAACCAGCCAAACGUAAUUUUAAGUGAAAUAACAGCUGAUUUGACCUCAUGGAAAAGCUCAACAACACAGCCAAAAUUAAUCAGACCUAAUACAGUCAAAUCAAAUUCUGUAUCUAAAUUUUGCACUGCGAGAUUAUCUUUAGACAGUCCUCGCUCUAGUACUUUUAAACGCCUAACAAUUAGAAGUUCAUCAUCUACCAAAAAAGAUUUAUCUAAAAAAACAAGCAGACUUAUCUGAAAUCCAUCACAACUUCAUAUGAAACUUCAAAGAGACGGCGAAAACGGCCCAGCUGCACUAUUAAACACCCAAGCCUUAGAAGAGAAGCUCUAUGAAGAAUUUCCAGAAAAAUUAAAUAUUUUGCAUUAUAAAGGAGGAUAUAGGUCAGGCCAAAGAGAAGGGACAGGAAAAAUUGAAUACGAAAAUGGAGACUGGUAUGAAGGAAAUUGGAUGGGGAACAUGCGAAACGGAAAAGGGACUUAUUUUUAUAGUGCUAUGCAAGCACAUUAUACAGGAUGCUGAAAAGACAAUUUAAAGCAUGGCCCAGGCGCAAUGAAACUCAGAAGUGGCCAUGAAAUUGAAGGGGACUGAAAAGAUGACGUCCUUCAAGGAGAUUUUGUGACUAUUUUGUAUGCAGAAGGAGGAAAGUACCAAGGAUCCAUUGUAAAUGGUAAAAGAGAAGGAAGAGGGGUUAUGAUUUAUCAAGGCGCGGCAAGAUAUGAAGGAGAAUGGGUUGCUGAUAUGAGACAAGGGCUAGGAAUGCUGAUUUUCCCUAAUAAAUCUUGAUUUGAAGGGAAAUUCUAUAUGGAUUAUACAUGUGGACAAGGCGUUUAUGUGAUCCCUGAAUUCAUGCCUAAAGAUCAAUCAAAGCCACCUCCACCUCCUCCUCCACCCCCUCCUCCCAAACGCAAAGUUUUUGUAUAUAAUAACAGAAAAGAGCCCCCUCCAGUUGUAAUUGACUAUGAAGCCCAAAAAAAUAAAGCUUUAACACAAUAUAAAUACAGAAUUUUCGGCAAAAAAACAGGCCUGCCGACCUUUGAUAAUUAUCAAAUAACCAGCUCUGAUGUCAUUUUUAUGUCUUCUAAAAGUGGAGAAAACAUCGGCGAGUUUCGCUCAGGAAAACUUAAUGGCUAUGGGAUUGCCUUUUAUGGUAAAUAUGCAUUAUAUGAAGGAAAUUUCCAAGAUGGGCUGAAAAAUGGCCCAGGAAAAAUCAGUUAUACAGACCCUGACCAUGAAGUUUCAUGGCUGCCUGAAUUUGAAGCUGAUUAUGAAGGGGAAUGGAAAAAUGAUUUACGAAACGGAAAAGGGACUAUAAGUUGGCCAAAUGGAAUAAAAUAUGUAGGAAAUUUUAAAAGUGAUAGAAGACACAAUGUCCUAGGUACGCUUUAUUUUUUAAAUGGGGAUAUUUAUGAAGGAGAAUGGAUGGAAGAGCUUAUGCAUGGCAGAGGAAAAUUUACCACACCUGAUAAGAGAGAAUAUAGAGGACGUUUUUUGAACGGGGAGUUUGGAGGAGAAGGAUUUUUGAUUUUCCCUAAUGGAGAUAAAUAUGAAGGGGAAGUAAAAACAAUGCUACCAGAAGGGAGAGGAAAAUUAUAUUUGUUAAAUGGAAAUAAAUAUAAUGGGCAGUUUCAUAAUGGAAUUAUGGACGGAAAUGGACAUAUGGAAUACACAAAUGGAGAUGAAUAUAUUGGAGAAUGGAAUCAAAACCAAAGAAACGGAUUUGGAUUGAUGAAAUACAAAGAAACUGAAGAAGUCUAUGAAGGAUGGUGGAUCCAGGAUAAAAGACAAGGACAAGGGACUUUGUAUAACCACAAAAAAGAAGUCAGGUUUUCAGGCAAUUGGUUUGAUGACAAAAAGGAAGGAGAAGGUGAAAUGAUUUUGCAGCUUUAA